AUGUUUCGCGACAUUGAACCUCUCGUAAAACCAAUAAUUCCAUCUUUCCCCUUGGAUGAUUCAUUAUAUUGUCUAGACCCUGAGGAGAUUGCCUUCUUCAGGAGACAGACUGGCAUUCAAGAUGAAGUGGACCUGAAGACACACAUAAUUGAUGUGCAAAGGGAAGCAUACAAGAUAGCUCCCUAUGCUUGUAUCCGAGGAUUUGAUUUCUUGCACCAAACCAUGUCUAAACUACAUAUUUACGACCACAUUUUGAAGCGUGGUUCUGAAGGAGCAAUAUUACUCGAUGUCGGUUCUUGUCUUGGUGCCGAUGUCAGGAAGGCAGUUGAAGAUGGAUUUCCGGCCCAUAACAUCAUUGCUUCUGAUAUUAAAGAAGCAUUUUCCGAGUUAGGACGCAAACUCUUUAAAUCGAGCUUGGAGCCGAUUUUAUUUAUACCCGGCGACAUAUUUGACCCCGCAUUUCUAUCGAUUUCGCAGCCAGCUAGGUUUGUCCCAGAGAGUGCGAUGCCGGACAUUCAAACGCUGCGGUCACUAAACGACCUUCACGGUCACGUCGGUAUCAUCCACGCUUCCAAGCUAUUUCAUCUAUUUGACGAGGAGAAGCAACUCGAACUUGCUCGCGUCUUGGGAGGCUUGCUAUCCUGCAAACCUGGUUCCACAAUAUGCGGUACUCACUCAAUUGCAUUGAAGAAAGGCAUCGUUCAUCACACAGUGCUAGGCAUUAAUAUUUCAUGCUUUUGCCACUCCCGAGAAACUUGGAUGAGUUUGUGGGAUGGCAUCGUGUUUAAAAAGGGUGAGGUAAAGGUUGAGACGACAACAUCCACCGUUGAUGUGGGCGGCGUUACUUUUCGCCUUUUACAUUGGUCUGUUACGAGACUCUGA